AACCAAGGUGAUGACGCUCCUUUCCGUUACCAAGGCAUUCUCAAGGCAAACACUAGCUGGGUAGCUAAGCUAGCAGAUCUGCUAGAUAAUCUUAUAGCUAUGAUAUAGCCCCAGUUUAGCCUCUUCGCCGGGUUGAAUAUAAGUACAAGAGAGUUUAUUAGAACCCUGCACUCCAGAUUAUCACCUCUGGCUUUCAGUCUGCUCCCUGUGUGGCCUAAAUUAGAGGCAGAAACAUCCAUUUUUCCUUUGGAUCAGCUCAGUCUACAGGCUAGCUAACUUAGAUACGUUAACGUUAGCGCCACAGCCACCAUGGCUGAAUUUGGGUUUAAUGAACACCAUCAGAAUGAAGUCAUCAAUUACAUGCGAUUUGCACGUUCAAAAAGGGUCCUGAGGCUCAAGGCUAUUGACUCAUGCUUUGAGGAACUCAAAGAUAGCAGGCUGGUAGAGGAAACAUUCACAGUGGACGAGGUGAGGGAGAUGCUGGAUGGGCUACAGGCGGUGGUGCGUGGGGAGGUGGAGAUGGAGCUCAUCAACACAGCCCACACCAAUGUGCUGCUGCUCAGACAGCUCUUCUCCCAGGCUGAGAAGUUUUACCUACGACUGCAGAGUGAUAUCUCGGAGCUGGAAAACAGGGAGCUGUUAGAGCAAGUAGCAGUUGAGAAGACUGACUUUAAAACCACCGAUAAGAUAAACCAAGAAUCAAGCAAACCCCAAGUUGGCACGCUGAAUGAAGGUGGAGUGUCUGAACUCCUUAACAAGGAGAUAGCAAGACUACAGGAGGAAAACGACAACUGAAAGGCAGACUCCGGACUUAUAGAGUCCCAGGCCAUGAAUGCGCUAGAUGACAAAACCAAGGCAGAAAGAGCUCUGAAAGAUUUAAAAAGGUGGCAAGGUGAACAGGCAGCUGGCGCUCAAUCCCAGGAGAUCAGCAGUCUGGAGGACCACAGUCGCCGCUCUGAAAGAGGACUAUGAAGGUCUCUCAGUGCCAAUGCUGCAUCCCAGAAGGAUUUGCAGGAGAACUUGAUCUUGCAACAUGAGCUUCUGCGAGUGCAGGAGCAGUUGGCCUUGGCAGAGAAGGAGUUGGAGAGAAGUUCCAGCAGACUGCAGACCUACCGCAACAUGAAAGAGAUCCUAACUAAGAAGAAUGAGCAGAUCAAAGAAAUUAGAAAACGAUUGCAAAGAUAUGAGCCCAAUGAAUGAGUUCCUGCCUAAAACAGG